AUGGGUUUUAACCCAGUUGGACCAGAAGACCAUUUUCCUGGCGACAAUGCGAUGGAUGUCGAUGAAGAUACCGAUCCCUCAAUGCCACCAUCUGGAACUCCGAACCACCCUAUCGAGAUUUCUGAUGGGUCACCUUUUGUGGGAUCACCAUACAAUGGUCCCGACAGCUUUGAGGAGAAAUUUAGGCAGCAUGACUGGGUAUUUACCCCUAGUUACCAUAACUCUCCCCUACACCAGCCACAACACAGCUCUCCCUUGCACCCCCAGCAACAGCAGCCACAGCAGCAGCAGAAUCCUUCUGAGGAUUCCCUACUUGUCGCGGUCACUCCACCGCCGCCACCACCUCCGGUUUUGCCUCCUCCGCCUCCGAGGCGAAGACGAACGAACGCACGGAUUUCCGCACGAGGGGGAAUACGCAUCGGCACCCCUCCACAUUCAGGUAGCAGCCGAUAUUCGCCACUUCACGAAGAACCAGAGAUGGGAGAAUCUUCACACCCCAUCUCAGAAGUAACAUCUGCGCCAAUCGCGCCACCACCACCACAGGGUUUUGGAGACCCAAUCCCUGCUUAUACCAGCGCGGCAGCAUACAAUCCCUUCGAGCAGACGUACCCCACAGGUUAUGACUUUACAGGGGAUCCCUACUGGGUAGCUGCGAACUACAACUCUCUAAAUCCGGAAGCAGCCGCAGCCUCCUCAACCACCGCAUUAUCCGCCACCACCGCUGGCACCGAUGAUGUCGCCGCCACAAAUUCAAGAAAUCCUUCAUGGGAUAAAUGA